CAAAACCUAAUCCCCUCCCCUCGGGUCUGCCCGCCGGCGCUGCUCGCCUACUCCACCAGUGCAUCAUCGGGUGCCGGGCGCCAGCGCUGCUCUCCCACUCCACCAGCUGACUCAAGACGCGUCAAGGUGAAGCGCCUAGCUCAGAUUGUGCCUGAUCCCGACCGGCAUUGAGCGCAUGUUGCCGGAUAUGCCCAGCGCAUGUCCGUCAGUUUUUAGUAGCUCUUAAUUCAGUUUGCGUAUCUUUCGUCAUGUUUAGGGAUAAGAUUUGAACUUCAACUUUCGUUUAGCUAGCCUUUAGCAUGUAGUAGCCUUGGUGAUGCACCUGAUUAUACAUGCACGGAUUUACCCUCUUUAAGUCUUUAUCCCCUUCAUUCUGUACGUUGUGUUCAAUAGGAAAAUCAUUUUGUCUGGGAAGGACUGGGAAUGAAUAACAAACCAAAGUUUGUGCCCCACUGCAAAGCAGUUCUAAUCAUACCAAAGUCCACAUGAAAUCUUUUUUUCCCGUAAACAAUGAACUAAUUGUGUGCUAUUUAUGACAAAUGAUAAAUAUCUUACCUACGUAUAUAAUCAGUAAAUGUUUGUAGUAAUUUUAUAAUUACAAAUGUAAGAAUAAGUAACGAUACAGAUGUCGUAAAGAAUUAGUUCCAUAUAAACAAUGAACCUUACCUUUUGUUUCACAUUUGUCAUUGUUUAUUUGGCAUCGAUUAUUUAUUGCAUCUUACUCUAUUAAGAAGCUAUACUAGCAUUUGCAGCAUAUGCGAUAUACUUACGCUCCACCUUCCUUUUGUUCCCUUAUAUCCAAGCACCCUUGAAAACCUUAUUCUUAAUGUAUAUUACUGAUAUUUUAUCCUUAUCUUGUGGAAGAAUGUCAUUUGAUCUUAACGAACUCCCAGACACAGUUGAAGAAGCUGGUGUGCCACAACAAGCAUCUCUUGUCGCGCCACAGCCUCAUAAACCCCACUCUGUUGCAACAACAUAUCCUCCAAAUUUGUUUCAAGCAGGGGAAACUCUGUUGCAACAACAUAUCCUCCAAAUUUGUUUCAAGCAGGGGAAGGGUUGCAGUUGCAUGGGACAUUGAACAAUAAUGCCUUUAUGCAUGCAUCCUCAGGUUCUGGUUUUCAACCUUUUGAGAGGAACAAAGACUCACUUAAUACGAAGGUGCCAAUACUUGCGGAAGUUUUAGAUCAUGGUGCCACAGGACCAGAGAGCACAAAAGAUUUGGAAUGUAAAGAAGCUGAAGAAACAGCUCUUGUCGUCAUGCCACAAGAAUCUUCUACUGUGGUGCCACAAACUCAGCAACCCCUUCAUCAUGUUCUGCCAACAUAUCCCUCGAAUUUGCUUCAGCCGGGGGAAGGAUCACAGUUGCAGGGAAUGUUGAACAAUAAUGUCUUUCAUGCAUCUGAAGUGGAGAGGAUGAAAGAAGAUUUGAGAAAGAAGGAUGAAAAUAUUGCUGAACUCCAACGUAAUUUCAGAAUGAUGGAACAAAAUUAUGCUGAUGUAAACAGGAGAAUCGGAGUUUUAGAACAUCUUAGUAAUGCAAAUGAAUCACUGAGAAAGAAAGAAGAAGAGCUCUCUGCCCUCCAACACAAUUUUGAAGUGAUGGGACAAAAUUAUGCUGAUGCCAACAAGAGGAUCGGAGUUUUAGAAGAACAUCUUAGGGAUGCAAAUGAAUCACUGAUAAGGAAAGAGGCAGAGCUCACCACCCUCCAACACAGUUUUGAAGUGAUUGAACAAAAUUAUGCUGAUGCCAACAAGAGGAUCGGAGUUUUAGAAGAACAUCUUAGGGAUGCAAAUGAAUCACUGAUAAGGAAAGAGGCAGAGCUCACCACCCUCCAACACAGUUUUGAAGUGAUUGAACGGAACUAUGAUGCCAACAAGAGGAUUGGUGCUUAGUGCUGCAAAUGAAUCAUUGAGAAAGAAAGAGGAAGAGCUCACUGCCCUCAAACACAGUUUUUGAGUGACCAAUCAAAAUUACGCUGGUUCCAGGAAGAGGAUCAGAGUUUUAGAGGACCAGCUUAGUACUGUGAAUGAAUCACUGCAAAAGAAAGAGGAAGAGCUCACUGCCCUUAAACACAAUUUUGGAGACAUCGAACAAAAUUAUGCUGACGCCACCAAGAGAAUAGGAGUUCUAGACGACCUGCUUAGUACUGCAAAUGAUUCCUUAAAGCUUGAAAUUCAGAAAGCACAAAGCAUCGUUGAAAAACUUAAGAAGGCAACAGAUGCCACAGUAUUGGGGAUGUCGGAGUGCGAGCCUCUAUUGACGACCCAAUUGAAAGCAUUGAUAAGGAUUAGUGUAUAUGUAAUUUCAGGAAAUGAAAUGUACAAGAUGAUUGUCCCAUACCUAGGGAAUCAACUGAAGAAGGCAACCGAAGAACAUAAGAAGGCAACAGAGGAUGACCCUAUGUUGGUUGCAGGAUCAAUGCACGAAUUGCAGAAAAAAAUAGCGGCCUUGGACUUGGAGCACGCAAUUGCUACUUUAUGUGCAAGUAUCUUUUCUCCUCUGGAGGAUUGGAGCAAAGAUUUUAUCCCAAUAUGCUGAAUUGGUAGUUCGGUGGUGCUGUAGAUGUAGCUCAGUUUAUCAAUUGGAUGAUGGUCCGUGACUCCGUGUGUAGUUGGGUACGUUGCUAUAGGAAUUGUGGUGAUGCUUUGUCGCACUGUUUCA